CGGAGUCAGGGAGUCCCGGCGCGUCCCGAGGAGCCGAGGUGGGACCUUCUACCGCGAUGAGUGGGAGGAAGUGCGGGUGCCCGACGAGUCGCGGGCGGCCCUCGUGACGGAGCUCCGACGAAGAAGGACUUCCCUGGAUCCGCUCCGACGCGCCGAAGAGACCAUGCUACCAAGGGAGUACCGCAGCGGUCGCGCCGAGAUGUAAAGAGGUAGGAGACGUUCGAUAACUCGGGACGAACUGGUUGCAGGACGACGCGGCGAGGGCUCGGAGGAGCCCUUAGUCCCCGGGUCCCGGAGGAACCCAAGGACGCCCGGGAAGCCUGGGCCCCACCAUGAAGCAGCGAGUCCUGCUGGCCCUCGUCAACCUGGUCACCUCCUACGUCUCCCUCCUGGUCGCGGCGGGGCCGAGGCAGAGAACCCAGAGCAACAACCACGGGAACAUCUCCGAGCUGCUGGACAACCUUCUUCGGGGAUACGACAACAGCGUCAGGCCCGACUUCGGCGGACCCCCCGCGACCGUCGAGGUCGACAUCAUGGUGCGCAGCAUGGGGCCCAUCUCCGAGGUCGACAUGACCUACUCGAUGGACUGCUACUUCCGGCAGUCCUGGGUGGACCGGAGGCUCGCCUUCCAGGGGGGCAAGGAGACCCUCGCCCUCAGCAUCUCCAUGCUCGCCAGGAUCUGGAAGCCCGACACCUACUUCUACAACGGGAAGCAGAGCUACCUGCACACCAUCACCAGCCCCAACAAGUUCGUCAGGCUCUAUCAGGACGGAAGGGUGCUCUACAGCUCCAGGCUCACCAUCAAGGCAGGAUGUCCGAUGAACCUGGAGGACUUCCCGAUGGACACCCAGCGAUGCCCCCUAAAGUUCGGAAGCUUCGGAUACACGAGCAGGGACGUCGUCUACAAGUGGAACAGUGCCAGACAGGUGGCGAUCGCCGACGACAUGAAGCUCUCGCAGUUCGACCUGGUCGCGAACCCCACGGCGAAUCACUCGGCGCCGUCCUUGUCGCAAGCCGACUACUCGAUGCUGCUGGUGUCCUUCCACCUGCAGAGGCACAUGGGCAACUUCCUCAUCCAGGUGUACGGGCCCUGCGUGCUCCUGGUGGUCCUCUCCUGGGUCUCCUUCUGGCUCAACCGGGAGGCCACCGCCGAUCGCGUCUCCCUCGGGAUUACGACGGUGCUGACCAUGACCUUCCUCGGGCUGGAGGCCAGGACCGACCUCCCCAAGGUUCCUUAUCCCACUGCCCUGGACUUCUUCGUGUUCCUCUCGUUCGCCUUCAUCUUCGCCACCAUCAUCCAGUUCGCGGUGGUCCACUACUUCACCAAGUACGGCUCGGGGGAGUGCUACUUCAGCUCCGACCUGGACACCGACAGCUCCAGCGAGGAAGACCUCCCCCACAGGACGGUCGGACGAUGCUCCUGGAUGCCAGCGGAAAGUCAAGCUCGCAGGAAGUCAUCGGGGGAGUCCUCGACGUCCAGGGCUGGCAGCAGGUCCUCCAGGAUGAACGGCGAGGGCCUCGUCGAGGUGAUUCCUCUUUCCGCCCUCCCGGAACCUCCCAGGACUCGACCCGGGAGCCAGUGGCAACUAUCCUGUGUAUCCUACAGCCCGACUCCUGGAAGAGAUCGGAUGCAGCGGGUCGAGCAGACCCUUAGGACUCACAUGGCGUGUUCGACGACCCCGACGAGACGGCUCUCCGACAGGAGGCAGGAACGCGGACACGACCGCAGACGGAGAAGAGCUCCGAGGUACAAUUCCGUAUCGAAAAUCGACCGGGCCAGCAGGGUCGUCUUCCCCUUGCUCUUCCUGGCCAUCAACCUCUUCUACUGGUACGCCUACCUCUCCAGGAGCGAGAGGAUCAGCUAUCACGCGGCCGACGCGAGUAUCGCGUGAAACGAGAGAUAUCUCCGAGGUUCCCGGUGUCCUCGGGAAUCCGAUAUUCGGACUCGAGCUUUCGGGAGAUCGUCGGUCAUUUUUUUUUUUUUUUUCUCCUGAUCGUUGAUCUUGCAACGAGGACAAGUGGUUGGAACCGAGUGUCGGAUGAGUGUUCAUUUUCGACCAAUUAACGCCCUUAAUUGCUGGCCCUCGAUGUCCAGGACCGAUCGCGCCGCAGACGUAAGUGUAAUAUAAUUAUAAAUACGAGUAUAUAUAUAUUCUAUUGGCGGACGAUAACGUAGCCUGUAAAUAUAAUAGCCGAUAAUUCGUAUCUAGGUUUGCCCGGGGAGUCGUAUCCAUUUUAUUUCAUUUAAUCGCAGAUCCGCGAGGACGUCCUCGUUAACGCCACCGCAACGAUCCUUGGAAAUGUUAUUCUUUCGUAGCUUCCUCUGUAAAAUAUGCGGUUUAGGUAGCGCUCGUUGCUAGUAUUAAGUUUCAGCUCGGCGUUACUGUACAUACGAAAUAAACGUGGCAUCCGAGGGCAUGGAAA